UCCGACGCCACCCAGCUCAAGAAACGCAAGAUGUCUCCCGCACCCGAGAACGAAAAGUCCGAGCUCGCGCCCGUCGCUGGCCUCCUCAUCAAGCGUCACUCAGACAAGGCUCGACUCCCUACGCGUGGCUCUGCCCUCGCGGCAGGCUACGACCUCUACAGUGCGGAGACCAAAGUCAUCCCGGCCCAUGGCAAGGCUCUCGUGGAUACUCAGAUCUCUGUCGCGGUUCCCGCGGGAACGUAUGGUCGCGUCGCGCCCCGCAGUGGCCUCGCAUCCAAGUUCAUGAUUGACACCGGCGCUGGUGUCAUCGACGCCGACUACAGGGGCGUAGUCUUUGUCCUCCUCUUCAAUCUCUCGGACAAGGACUUCACGGUGAACGAAGGCGACCGCGUCGCUCAGCUCAUCCUUGAGCGCAUUGUCACCCCCGACGUCGUAGAGGUGGCGGAUUUGGACGCAACCCUACGCGGUGCAGGAGGAUUCGGCUCCACCGGUGGUCACACAGCGUUGUGAAGAAAAGCAUGCCCUAGGCGUGUAUUGUAUCACAUGUACAAAAAUGUAACAAAAUGAUCAUUGCUUCCUCGCCCUGUUUUUCC